UCUUCACAAAAUAAGACAUUAUAAAUAGUAUGUUCUGUUCCAGUUCAAGGCAGCAGUUCUCAACAAGAAGAGUUUUAAGGCUCUCUUUUGUCAUAGAGUUGUGAAGCCAUUACUUUACCAUUUUUGGUCAUGUCUAUCUUCAAUAACCCACUCUUCCUUAUUAAAGGAGUGUAAUAACAUGUUUUACUGUAUCUUACACCCACUUUUUCACUUCCUUAAUUGUAUCUUAAGUAGGCCUAUACUGUACCCAGACCGUGUUGUCCCAUUGAAGGGUCUUUCUGCUCGACUCAACAAGUUGCCAGAGAUUGUUUUAUCUAACAGCGGUGUCUCCAGGUUUCUGCUUUGGUGGAAGAUGGCAAUUUUGUCAGUAAUUUUGGCAGCAGUGCUUCUCGCUUAUGAAGUCUCUACAGGAAUUCUAAUGGCCAGUAAAUCUGGUGCUGUAGCUGGGGAAAACGAUGUGCUUCCACUGGACAUGGCUAAAAACUCUGUUGACGACAUGUACGAAGGGUGCAAAGAUAAAAUGAAGAAGAAGGCAACACAGUACCUGAUGAAUGAGAAGAACAAAGACAAAAACUUCAAAGAAGUCUGGGACAGCACAAAGAAAUAUGUACUCGAUAAAUUUAAGAAAGGGAAAACCAAUUUACUACAAAAGGAUCAGCUUGUAGCUCUUUAUUAUUACACUUCUGGCAAAGACAAAGCGUAUCUUGAUUUUAACAAUAAAGUUCGAACCCAGAGAUCUGAGUAUAAGACCAAAUUCGGGUAUCACGCACUUCACUUUUACUUGACUACUGCCAUUCGUACUCUUCAAAAAGAAAAAAAGAUGAAUAAAGAAUGUCUCACUGGCUACCGCAGAGUUGACAUGUACUUUAGCCAAGAUGUUACAAACCAAGAGAUUCGCUUUGGCUCUUUCACCUCAGCCUCAAUGGGUCGUUACCUCAACAACAAUACGUUCGGAGACAAGUCAUGCUUUGAGAUUAUCACCUGCAUGGGAGCAGAUAUCUCCAAUUAUUUGAGGUGUACUAUAAAGUGAACAGUACAGAGUUACCUGUUUCCAAUUUGAAUUGUGCUCUUUUUAAGAAGUAAACACUUUCACACGUUUAACAUACAGUUAACAAAACAUGUAGGCCUACACUUUAGGAUGGACCAUUUUAAGUUCUGCAAAUGAUCUUUAAUCAAGAUUAAUGGGAAUGAGGAUUUAUUUGUUAACAAUAACCUUUCUCGACAAUCUCAGAUUGAGAUGUAGAUUUUCUACUGGACAACAAGUGUUCAGAAUCAGAAUCAGAUUUAUUGGCCAAGUAUACCUACAUACACAAGGAAUUUGACUUUGGUAGGUGUUAACUCUCUAUACAUUCAACAA